CAGUUUUAGUCACACACACCAGUAGCAGUUACACAGUUCGUCCGAUUCGGAAAUCAGACACACAAUUAAUAUUUGCGAGACUCUGAAGUGAAUUGAAUUCGAUUCGAUAAUGUCUGGGGAUGUGCGUCGAGGACGCCGUCGUCGCAUUGAGCCGGCACGCAUACAAUAUGGCGCCUGGGAUGAUCCGUGCGUGUCCUUGUUCGCAACAGUGCCACAGGAGCCCGUCGCCGAUAUGUUGAGCCGCCUCAAGCGAUUGCCGCAGGAGAAUCGCAAUCGACUCAACGAGAUGGACGCAUCGCCGCUGAUCGUUGCCCCCUCAAACGAGACGAAUCGCAUGUAUCGCGAGGUAAAAUACCAGGUGCAGCAGAUAGCCGAUGAUCGCAGCAAGCAGAAGCAUCAUUCCAUGCAGGAGAAGGAGUGCCAGACCACAUCGAUUGCCAGGACGAUGGCCGAGCACAAGCGCAAAGAGUUGGCCGAGGCAAUGCGUCGCAAGCAGCUGCACAACAACUCGCUGCGAUUGAGGGAUCUGCACAUCGAAAUCAAUCGGGCCAAGACGACGCUAAGCGUGGUCCAGAAGCGCAAUGAGAAUAUGCAAACGGUUGGCGCGGAGCGUGCAGAGCGGCACAGGGAGGCCCAGCAGGUAAUGGAAAAGGUGCGCGAUGAGAAACUGGCCGAGGAGCGGGCAUUGCAGAUGAAGUCGCAGGUGUACAGUGAACAACUGGUUGCCCAGAUACACAAGGUGCAAGCGGAUAGGCAUCGGCAGCAGCAGUCGGCUCUGGAGGAGGGACGGCAGAAGCGUCACAACGAUGAGAUGGCCGAUGCCAAUGAUCUGCAGCAGGCAAUCGUGCGGCGCCACAAGAAGCGCGAUGAGCUCAAACACAUGCUCGAUGAGUGCGCCGAGUUGCAGCGCAAGAUGCGUGAAGCGAACGCAGCCCACAAGUCCGACAAGUUGGACGUGAUUGUGAUGGAGGCAGUGAGUCCGGUGACCAAGAGUUUUAUUAAUCAGCAGCUGCAACAGCGACAUGAUGACAUUGAGCGGCGUCGUCGCAUCAGCGAUGGACUUGGACAGCAGCUGACCGAGAUGCGCAGCAAGAAGGAUGCCCACGAUAAUAUGCUGGCCGACAUUCUGAUCUGUGAGCGGCAGGCGCGGGAGAAAAAGCGCGCCCAUCAGGACAUCCAGAAGCGUUGCAAUCAGAAGCUGCAAGUGGCCAAGGAUCUGAUCGGGCAGCAGGAGGAACAGCAAUUCUAUCGCGACAAGGACGAAGCACUCACAGCAACGAUUCCAAUUACCCCAACCUGUUUCAUGGAGCGCCAAUAUCAGCAGGCCAGCGAAAGGGAAGCGACCACCAGGGAGAUCAAUUUGAGGGCGCACCAGGAGAUUGCCAUCGAUAUCGAGCACAAUGCUCAGGUGCGUGCCGCCUUGGUCGAGGAGGAGCGCCAGAUUAAGCAGGCCCUGCACGAAAUGGAGCUGGACAUGGAGCGUCGUAUCGAUGAGGAGCGCAUGCGUCUCCUCCACGAGCAGAGCCCCCAAAUCAUCAACGAGCUGCGUCCCUGCAAACUGUCGCAUGUCGAGCGCCAGACCUUCAAUCUGCCCUCCUGCAUCCACGACGCUGAGGACACUCACACCAAGUAAUCAGAACUUCAACUAAGACUACACUCUACUCUCCACUUCCCCAAUCAAACACACACAGCUCAUUUAUUUGGCUGGCUCCCAAGGCACUUAUUAACAUGGCUUGUUCCUUGGGAGUCAGCCAAAUAAAUACAUACAAAUACUAUUUAUUAAGCAUAUUAUGCUGCCUAACCAUUAAGUUAUAUUUA